GGGAUUCGCCAGAGAGAUACGCAGAGUGCGCGCAGGGGACGACGACGACGACGACGACGACGACGACGAGGAGUCCAGAGCGCCGCCGGCGACGUGGGAAUGUGAGUGACGACCUCGCGCUUUUCCACGAGGACGGAGGAACGCGGCGCGAGCCGUCCACCGCCGAGUCUCCGAGGUCCCACCCACGACAUGGCCAAGAACGUAGGGGAGAGCCGGAUACCUGUUCCACGGCCAACUCGUCCGUCGUUCUUCCCGAAAUCGAGAGUACUCGAGGCCUCGAGACUCUUGUCGGGAGGUCGUCGGUCCACGAUCUUCUCGGGAUGCUUUCAGUUCGUUAACACCGAGGACGAGCCUCCGACUCCGAGGGAGAAGUUCACGGGAUUCGUGUCGUCGACGCCUACUAUUAAGAGCGACACGACGGAUCAGACAUUCUCGAUAUCACCCGUGUGGGACAUAGACAAGAACGAUGUGCAGCAAUUGGUGCAGCUCAGCGAAGAGAAGAGCAACCUGUUCAGACUGCUCGAGGACUCCCAGCUGAGCAUGAUCGAGGAUGUCGGCGACAGCUGCCUCGUAGAGAGCAAUUUGAGCAAUUACAAUGAGGCGAAUGCGACGCCGCAUUAUCUGAUGCUCAACAAGCAGAACUCCUUCGAGCACGACGAGAGCCUAGGCAUCCUGACCCCGGACCAGAUGACUGAUUUUACGGUCGCGCUGGAGUGCUCCAGGACACCAUCCUGCGAGAAUCUCACCGGCUCGGCCGGCUCGAAACUGGCGUUGACGCGAGCGUCCGCGUCGAGACCGCUGGCGGAGGAGGGUUGCAGCGAGAGGACGCCUUCCCCGGAAGAAUUGCCGCUGGACCCGAAGCCGGUGGAGCCGAUCAGGGGCAGUACGGUGCCCGUGAGCUUCGUCACGUCGGUCACGAGCAUCACGAGUCUCGAGGCGGGCUAUCAGGGCGACGGCGAGAACUCGAGGCCGGCUAGUCGUGGCGCGGAUCCACCGUCCAUAGUGCCGGCGGUCAAUCUGCCCGCGCCGUGCCGGCAGGACCCGAUGACCGAUUCGGACUUCUUCACCGAGAGCGACGCGGACGCGCACGAGGAAAUUGUGCGGGGCGACAGGAAGGCGCAGGUGAUCGACGGCACGCUAUUCUGCGCCCCGGGCGAGCGCAGAUGCCCGAGCUUCACCGGCGAGGAGAUGGACUCGAGCGGCAUUUACUCGGACUUGGAUAAGCUUCAGGUGCCCGAACAAGCACCGGAAGAGAACGACGAUCACACACCCGACACGGGCGACACCGAGCUCUCCCAGAGGAGCCAGCCGUCGCCGGUCGCGGCGAACGUCAUCAUGGAUUACUUGCAGAUUCCUAUAAAGACGACGGACGAGACGAACGGCUUGAACGACACCACGAGCUCCGCCGAAGUGCCGGUGACCAAGGCAGCCGAGACUAACGAGAACAUUCGGUCUAAGACACCGAGCAAAACUGAUUCGGUGCCCCUGAAGAAAUACAAAAUGCCAAAAAAGAACGUCGUCUCAAAGAUCAAGGCGAUGAUCGAGUCGUCCGCGAAGGACGACGCGGAGAAAGAGGCGAGACGCUCGCAAAGGUCAACGAGGAAAGGCGGCCGCUGGGACGCGGUCAUGAACAAGAUAGAAGCUGGCAAGAACGAGCAGAGAACGAGGUCAGCCAGGAAGGAAGUUAAGUCGAGGGUGCUGCAGAACCUGGCACUGUCGCCGUCCACGAGGCCGACGUUGAAGAAAGCCGGCGACGCGAAUAAUUACAACAAUAAUAACAAGGACAAACGGAGGAUGCGCGGCUGGCAAGAGAUGAAAUCGCCGACGCAGGAGACCGCCAGGAGUUCCGUUCGCAGUUCCAUGAGCGACCUCAGCAGCGGCCCGAGUAAGGACAUGCCAAAGAGAUCACCGACGUCCGCGAACCCACCCAGAAGAUUCGUCUCGAACAGCCACGCCAAUCACCAGGUCCGUUUGAAUAAUUUCGAUGCGAAAAAGAACUGCAUCGACGUGACGCCGGUCGUCCUCGAGAAGAGCCCGCCGUCAGCGCGAAAGCCGGCGAUAACAAGAAGAUUAACGGCUAACACAGCCGUGAAACAGAAAUCCUCCACACCGUCGAUAAAAGAUCGCGAGUCCAAGGAGGCCCACCACAACAUCAGCUAUGCGGCGACCAGGGCGUCACCGGAGACGCGGGACCAGGCCGCGCAGACCACCGUGCCCUACGAGGCCUCCCGCGCCGAGCAACUGGAGCGGACCGCGCAGGCCCUCGCGGUCACGGUGCAGUACAUGACGUGCGAGCUGGACGCGUUCGCGACUCCGAAGCUGAAGAGAGACUUUGAGCAGCUGAAGGCCGACUACGAGAAGAUGAGGAGCGAGCGGUCGGCAGUGCUUUCGGAAAUCGACGAUCUGCGCAUGAGAUACGUUAGCAUCGAGGAGAGGCUCGAGGCGGAGAGGGAGGACCAUCGUAAAGCUCUGGACGAGCUUCGCGACGAUCUGGAGGCUCAUAGGGCGGAGCAAGUCGCCGCGCUCGUCGAGACCUUGAAGGAGGAGAGGCGCAAAUACGACGUCAGACUGAAUGACGCGACGAAGGAGCAUCGCGCGACGAUCGCGCGAUUACGCGCCGAGCGGGACAGCGAGCUCGCCCGCAAGGACGCCGAGGUGAUGCGGAGGUCCGUGGUCCACGACCAGGGUGCUGUGCUGAGGGCGGAGAUCGAGUCGCUGCGGUCCGUGCUGGAGCUGAGGAGCCAGGAGAACGCGGCCCUCAGGUCGGAGCUGGACAGCUUCAAGCGCGACAUCGAGGACAAGGACGCGCUGCAGCUGCGGCUCGACACGGUAGAGGCGAGGUGCGAGGACCUGAAGGCGCAGCUCCAGUGCAAGGACAACUUCGAGAGGCAGGUGUCACACGAGAACGAGAUGCUGCACGAGUCGAUCCACCAGAUCUCGAAGCAGAACAAGCGACUGGCGCAGCGCAACGAGGAGCUGCAGUGGAGGCUGCGCCAGAAGAACGAGUGGGUGAGCGUCCUAGCGAACCAGCUGGCGGGCCCACGGCUCUCGCGCUCCGCGGGCCCGGAACACACAGAACACGCCCUCUCGCCGGACAAGAGCGAGCCGCACGCGUCGUCGUCGUCAUCGUCGAUGGUGAAAUUUAUGGUCGAGAAGAGUGACUCGGUCUCUUGGACCCUGGAGAUCGACGACGAGUUGGCCAGUAAGGCGGCGACAUCCGACUCGCUGAGCAGGCUACCGAAAGUCAGCAGAUCCGAGAGCGACGCGACCGUGUCGAGGCAAGGCUCGCUCAGAUUGACACCGAAGCGCUCCCCCGAUGCCGACACCAGAGCGAGGUCGAAGAGUAUCUCCGUGACGGACGCGGCGACGCGGGCGGAGGAGAGCGCGUGGUCACCGACGUUCAACUCCACACCGAUCACCCGGCGACGUCCCAGGAACAACGACGCCUCGCCGUCUUCCUCCUCGUCCUCGUCGUCGUCCUCCGCGUCGUCCUCGGCGCCGGGCGCGAACCCCACCGUGGCGGCCGCGGUCGCGGCCGCCGCCGUGGCCGCCGCGGCCGCGGAGGACUGCAGCGUCGGGCAGAACCAACCCCAGGAGGCUGGCGGGGAAGCGAUGAUCUCCGAAGAGACGUCCGCGUCCAGCAGCGAGGACGAGUCAUCCACCGGCAGCGACAUACCGCGUCUACCGAUGCAAUUCGCCUGGGGCAAGCCGAUCAAGUAACGCCCGAGUGAGCCGCGUUCAAAUUCCGCCACCACCGCUGCUACCACCACCACCAACACCACCACCACCACCACCACCACCACCACCACCACCACCAUCACCAUCACCACCUCCCGCCUACGCGUUCGUUCUGUUGCGCGCAGUGCCGCUGUUUGCGUCGUGGAGCUAUCGUAAAGAAAACGAAAAAAAGAAAAAGAGAGAAAAAAACGGCCGUUUAUCCUCGCUCUUGCCUAUCGCCGGCGGAGGGGGAGAUGUCUCUCUCCGUCUUGAGAAGAAUUUUCGUGAAAUCCUCGUUGCACGCGUGAUCAUUCCCUCUUAUUCCUGUUUCUUCGAGGACAGGUUGCGUUUCACUGUCGUUCAACGUCGGCACCUUGUUUCUUAUUUUUCCAACUGAUAUACAUAUUAUAUAUACAUACGAUACCAUACGAUGCAUAACAUAUAUACUCGCUCGAGAAAGCUCUCGCGUGCGAUGAGCGCGUUUUAAGUUCUCCUUUUAAUUGAGCGCCACGCGCCGCGCGUGUGUGUCUAACGAUACGCCAGGCAAUUCCGGAGUAUAAUGUUGUAAGUUAGUGAGAGACGUACGAGAAUGAAUUCCACGACGUGUUUUAAACGUUACGACUGUAUAAACUAGACUUAGUGUACGGUUGUUUCCGUGUCCUUUCUUUCUUCUCUCUCUCUCUCUCUCUCGUUAUUUUUCUUUCUUCCUCCUCCUUCUCCUCCUCCUUUACGCGAUCACAGACACUUUACUUCCUGCACGUUUUACAUUACGAUUUCAUGGCAGCGAUUGACCGUGCGUGUGGAUUCAAGAUGUCUACCUUCGAAAUCCCCAUCUUUGAGAGAUCCAUCUUCGAAACCCAUCGUGUGUGUAGUAAUUUCUCGAUACGUACAACGAAACCGCUUCGUUUGCUGUAUCAAAGGCGACCGUGCCUUCUACCUCGCGGGCUUCUUCUCGCCUGUGAAAGGUCCGUGAGAUGCGAGAUCGCAUAGCAUUGUUUUCGUUUUUCUAAACCGUAGCAGGCAUUGUGAGGAUGAAAUUAACAUUUUUAUUAACAACUAAUAUUAGGAUCCUUUGGAGAAUUUUUCACGUGUCCAAAACGUUGCCUCUCUUGACAACUUUUACAUUUUGAAUGAGCGAGUUUCGCAAGCGUGUUGCUCUACCUUUUUUUCCGCCUGUUUCUUUUUCUUCUCUUUUUUUUCAUUUCUUCUUUUCUUCUCGGCACAGAUACCUUGUAAUAUCGCGGCAGCUAAGUGUAAGAACAUGACAAGGCGAACUGUUGCUUCGUUUGCGAUCAUACCGAUUUCGUAUUAUCUUUAAGGGGUACUCGUUCGAAUAUAUAAUGUGCACAUUGCUUUUGUUCCAAAUUCGUUACAUUUAUCACGGAUUUGAAUGAAUUGCGUAACUUUUGUCGCCAAAUGCGGGGAGGAGUCACGCUGCCGCAUUUGUAGAUUCUUCUUUUUGUGUGUAACGACACGGAUAUUGCGGGUGUCUACCCGGAAAACACAGCAGAGCAGUGAAUACUAUUAGCGACUACCAGCACGUUGCUGCAAGUGUUAAUUAAUUUCACAGUCCGUUCCAUAGAGAGACAAGCGGUAGUUUAGAUUUAAAGGAAAGAAACGUCGCGCCGAUAUAUAUAUAUAUAAAAGGUACCAAGUAUUAUUCUCACUGAGAAAGUACGUUUCUUUUUCUCAUGUGUGCUGAUAAAAUCGAUGUAUUAUAUAUAUACUUCUCGAAUAAAUAAUAUAUAAGUAUAAUCUGAAUCGUAACGACCUGGAAGAUCUGAAUUGUAGCAAUUUGAGCAGAGAUUUCCGUUUAUAUAUCCGCCGACCGUUAUGAUUGUCGAGUCAAGAGCUCAUACUUCAAGUACCUUGCCCAAAUUGAUUACUCGCAAUUUCAAAAUUCCAAUUUCGAAAUUCGAUAUUCAAUUUAACGGAGAGGGAAAAUACAAGUGUGCUGAACGAUCGUCUCUCGAGGUCGAUCGCGAGAAACGAUCGCGACGACGACGAGACACGUUGAGAUGAGCCGACGAGAUCUUUUCACGGUCGGAAUAUGAGAGCCUUCAAAUCGCAGAAUUCUCUAUCUUUCUCUCUCUUUUAAAUUGCCGCAUGAGAUUUCAUUCGAUCGAUUUCAAUCAAAAUAAAGGGAAAUAUAUUAUGAUUACUGUUAUACUUAUUACGGAUUAGAUUACUUGUUGGUUACACAUCUGUGAUGUCCUCUUUGUUUGAGCAUUAAUAAAACGUUUUAUUAUGUGA